GACAGGGUGAGGUGACUCAGGUGAGUGGGUGCUUACGAAUUCUGACAUUCUUGGAAACCUUCUUCCUCUCGCAGCUGCCGACGUUAAAAUUUCGGGAGUACCCUACCCUUUCUUUUGACCAAGUCCCGCCUGCAAUUCGACUUCUUCUCAGACGAGGUUGUAAGUUGUCUUUCAACAACUUUUCUAUUACGUUGAAGAAUAUUUUAUUGCUGCAACUUGUUCACAUCAUCUGAGAUGCCAAAAGAUAGAAGGGUGAACCGGUUAUCUUCUAGUCAGUCAAGGGUAUCUCCUUAUAAUUGUGGCUCAAGAGAUUUGAACAGCAACAAGUUGGAUGCUUCUUUGCCACCUUCUUUAGAUGAAAGUGAGUGGGAAGAAGCUAGGUGUCCCAUCUGUAUGGAGCAUCCGCACAAUGCUGUCCUGUUAAUCUGUUCAUCUCGUGAAAAGGGUUGUUGUCCAUAUAUGUGUGAUACAAGCCACAGGCAUUCAAAUUGCCUCGAUCAAUAUCGCAAAUCAUCAAUUCCAAUGGCAGAUUCAACUGCUCGACCAGAUGAUGAAUUUUUGACGUGGAUGCUUUAUCGUAAUGGAGGUGGCAAUGGGGGAGGGAGACAAACAUCAUUGCAGCCAAAUAGUUCCUUAGGGGUACAAGCACUGGAACACACCUGCCCUCUUUGUCGGGGCCAGAUCAGUGGAUGGAUUGUCAUAGAGGCUGCUCGCGAGUACAUGAAUGCCAAAGUAAGAAGUUGUUCUAUGGAGUCGUGUGAUUUCAUUGGGAAUUAUGAUGAACUAAGAAAGCAUGCUAGGUGUAAACAUCCUUCUGUCAGGCCCUCUGAGGCUGACCCACAGCGCCAAUCUGACUGGGCAAGGCUGGAGCGCCAGAGGGAUCUCGGAGACACCCUGAGUGCAUACCAGUCACGGUUUGGAUCUGACUUGGACGGAGAUGACCCCCCUGGGUGGUAUGACUUAAAUCAAGAUGAUGAUCCCUUUGAAGGGCACUGGUCAGCAGGUGUUUUCUUUGACGACUUCUUCAGUGGAAUUCAUUCCGAGUCUGAGGAUGAAGAAAGUGUGUAUGGUGACACGUUAAUUGAUUUGCAUUCCGAAGUCGAAUUCUCUUUUUCAUUUUUGAACGACUUAUCUUUUUAUCCUUGGGAUGAGGGCAGAAGCUCUGGCAGUGCAAGAACUGGUAGUAGCUUGCUUAAUAGAUCUACAAGAUCAAGAUCAAGCCCCGAUUAUCACCCGGAGACUUUGAACCGAAACUGGAAUGAAAGUGCGCCAUCAAGACAUAGCGGAAAUUCUUCCCGACCAAUUGCUCGAUCAAGAGAUAUGCCAAGCUCUUCUGGACCAACUGCACCAUCAAGACACACGUCAAGUUCUUGGAGACCAACUGUGCCAUCCUUUUUUAGACCAAGCGUACCAUCAAGACAUAUCGGAAAUUCUUUGCCCUCAAAUGUGCCAUCGACACACUCCCCAAGUUCUUUGCAACCAGCUAGAGAUGCCCCAAAUUCUUCUCGAGCAACUGCGCCAUCAAGGCACGAGUCCAGUACUUCACGACCAACUGCGCCAAGUGCUGCGCAACGGCGACAGUCAUAUGAAAGGCGAUAUUAAGUAUGGCGAAUUGCAACCUCAGCGGAAGAAUUUAGAUUUUUUUUUAUUCUUUUUUUUUUCAGUCUUUUGGCUUUUGUAAAAAUAUCAGUUAAUUUAUUGAUUUUUUUUGGGAUACUUUUAAGGUCCAACGAAACCAAGUUCAGCGUGGAACAAAUUUGAAUUCCGGGGACGUUUCCCAUCAAAUGUGGUACUCUUGAGU